AAUAAAACUCUAUGCUUGUCAUUCGGCAGUGUCAUGUCAAACUGUAAUUCAUCAAAGAAGGCUGUCAAUUUUCCCUUGGUUUCAGCUUAUUACUUUAGUGAAACAAUCGAUAUUAAAAUAAUUAGCUAUGUACAUAGUUAUUAAGUAUUUAUUACUGUAGCAAAAUAUACGUACACAGUACAUUUUAGUUUGUAGUUCAUAGUCAGUAGAAACCCCCGAUAAACAUAACCUAAAAUGGCAACGAAAAUAUUGAGUAACAUUUUGAAAACUAGACCUUAUAAUAUGAUGUUAAAACGCUGGGAAAGUUCAGAAAAGCGAGUUACAGUUCAUGACCCGUUCUACUCAAUGCCAAAGAAAGACAAAAAGAAUUAUCUAAAGGUUAUAAAAAUGUUCGAAGUCAGGGACACAAGAAGACGCGGUCAUGUUGAAUUUAUUUAUGCUGCCUUAGCAAGAAUGAAAGAGUUUGGUGUACAGAAAGACCUAGAGGUGUAUAAGGCUUUAGUUGACGUGCUGCCCAAAGGAAAAUUUAUCCCUUCUAACAUUUUCCAAUCGGAAUUUAUGCAUUAUCCUAAACAGCAGCAGUGCGCCGUUGAUUUACUGGAACAAAUGGAAGAUAACAAAGUAAUGCCUGACACCGAGAUGGAACAGAUGCUGCUAAAUGUGUUUGGCACUCGAGGGAUACCUCUUCGGAAGUACUGGCGCAUGAUGUAUUGGAUGCCCAAGUUCAGGAACCUGAGCCCUUGGCAUUUACCUGAUGAACUACCCAAUGAUACAUUGGAACUUGCAAGACUUGCGAUUGAAAGAAUCACUUCUGUUGAUCCAGACAGGAAAAUUGAGUUAUGGCAGACAGAAGAAAUUGAAGCUAGUUUAGAUAAGACUUGGAUUAUAAGUGCACAGAGCGAGUCUCAGAAGAUCCUGCUAUCUGAACAACCAGCAGAUGAGCCUUUAGUAGUGAGAGGGCCCUUCAAUGUGUACCUGAGGGACCAAGUGGUCACAUACUUUAUGCUUCUUGGAAAGACAAGGCCCGAACUCAAAGAUGAUACUGAUGAUGAUGAUGUUUCUAACAUACCCAAACCCCUUGGAAUACCAGGACUGGUAGGUAAAACUACACUACCAGCUGUAAGACAGACAGUACAUGAACAAGAUGAUGGUACCAUUAUCUCACUGUGCGCUACAGGUACAUCAUCAAGAGAUUCUCUUCUCUCAUGGAUUAGAUUGCUAGAAAAACAUGGCAACCCAUUGUUAUCAACUCUUCCAGUGAUAUUCACACUUACUGCCCCACCCAAUGACUUGUCCAUCGCAGAAACACAACCAGCCAUACCAGAAGAAGAAAGUAGGGCUCAAUAAAUGUUCAUAUUUAAUUAAGUAGAGUGACUCCCGGUUUCUGAAAGGAUGAUCAAUUUAUAUUGCCAGUGUUACCUAAUGCCUACUGAUCACGUUCCUUUGUCGUGGCGUCCAUAUGCUGCGCAAGCGCACACGCUUAUUAAACGCCUACAAAAGAGAAUUUUGCAGGUAAAUGCCAACUGUUAGCUCAUGUACUAAUCAUAGAACAUGCAAUAAAGUUUGACAAGAGAAAAUCUUGUGUCAAUCAGCCUUUCAGAAACUGGUGGUUUGUGUAGUAAAAUAAAACGUUAUGUUUU